GCUGGCGUCAGGCCGGUGUCCUACAGUUAAGAUGGCGGCUCCCUUGGUGCUGGUGUUAUUGGUGGCCGUUACCGUUCGGGCGCUGCUGUAUCGUUCCAGCCUGGCCAGCCUCAUCUCAGAGAGGGUGGAGGUGGCGUCCCCUUUAAAUGCUUGGAAGAGAGUGGUUGAGGGGCUAGCCUUGCUUGACUUGGGUGUUUCCCCGUAUUCUGGAGACGUCUUUCAUGAAACACCACUAGUAAUAUACCUCUUUCAUUUCCUGAUUGAUUAUGCUGAACUGGUAUUUAUGAUAACAGAUUUGUUGACUGCUGUAGCCCUCUAUUUGGCUGUUCAGGACUACAACAAAGUUCUAUUCAAAAAACAGAAGCUUCUAAUAGAACUGGAUAAAUAUGCGUCAGAUGUGGGAGAGCUUAUCCGAACUCCAAUGGAAAUGCACUAUAUCCCUCUCAAAGUAGCACUGUUCUAUCUCUUAAAUCCAUACACUGUGAUGUCCUGCAUUGCAAAAUCCACCUGUGCCAUCAACAAUACUAUAAUUGCUUUCUUCAUUUUGGCAACAAUAAAAGGCAGUACCUUCCUUAGUGCUGUAUUUCUGGCGUUAGCAACAUACCAGUCCCUAUACCCUCUCACUUUGUUUGCACCGGCCCUUCUAUAUUUACUGCAGCGCCAGUUCAUACCAGUGAAAAUGAAAAACAAGGACUUCUGGUUUUACACUGUGCAAUAUGCAGGGCUGUUUUUGGGAUGCCUGGUGGUGAUGGUCUGCCUCUCCUUCUUCCUUCUCAACUCUUGGGAUUUUAUCCCAUCUGUUUAUGGUUUCACCCUAUCUGUGCCGGAUCUGACCCCCAAUGUCGGACUCUUCUGGUAUUUCUUUGCUGAGAUGUUUGAGCAUUUCAGUCUCUUCUUUGUGUGCGUCUUUCAGAUCAACGUCUUCUUCUACACCAUUCCCUUGGCUGUGAAACUAAAAUUUUGCUCAUCUCGGACUAUUUCUAUGCCUUCCUGCAGAGGGAGUACUACCUCACUCACGGACUCUACGUAACAAGAAAAGACGGGACAGAGGCUAUCCUGGUUCUCAAAUAAUCAUGGUAUCAAACAUGACUUGGAGAACAGACUGGACAGACAGUGGCUGGGCGGGUGGGCGGUUUUGACUGUUGGGAAAGUACCUUUUGCGAAUGCAGGAAGGGCUGCCAUGUGUAACCUAAUUUAUACGCUAGUACAAGGGGUUUGGUGCAAAGAACAUAAAUGGAUGAGAAGUCUCCUGUGGAUCACAGACUCUUUUGAAACUUCUGCUUUUAACCAUAUUUUUGCUGAAUGCAGCUCCGAGUGAUUCAUUAGAAGCUGUUGAAAAGCAUUUGGACCGCAGCAAAGCCUGAACCUACUGUGCGGCAACAGACGAGGCCAUAGCAUAGAUGAAUAUUGAUAUAAUUUUUGGGAAUGCUGUCGGAAUUACCUUUCCUCAUUCUGGGAAGUGAUAACUUCAAUAAUCAUUUAUUUGGUUCCUGCUGCCACUCUUCUUUCUUUUCUUGGACUGGAGGCUCAUCUGCCUGGCGUUACAGGGUUCCUUGGGCACUUGAAAAAAAGGGCAUUGAGCUUCAUAGACUGGAACACUCCGCUCACACUGGAAAACUGAAGGCCUCAAGUGUUGUAUAGCUCAUAAUAAAUGGUUGAUUCAGGGUAAUGAUUCAGAGUGGAGCUGCUGAUCGGACCACCCUUGGAGGCAUGGAAGGGUCAGCUCCCAAGCCUUAGAUGCAAUCAACAGAAGAGAGCUGGAUGGAGCUUCCAGAUGGAUGGAUCUUAAGUUUUCUUUAAGGAAAAUGACACCAUUUACAAAAUCUUUUGUGUCGGGUCUUGGAGAAGAGAAAUUUGAGUCACACAAGAGGCCCAUGUGAUGAACGUGGACCAGAGAGGCAACAAAUGUACUCCAUAACUAUUUUAGCUUUCAAGUUUCAUAGGAAAAAUCCUCUCACCUCCCCUCCCCCCUUCCACCAACAGUCUUUUGCUUUGGAAGCAUAUUCUGUGUUCUCUGGGAUUUAGGGACAGGGCUUCGCAUGUAUUAAAGUUCUGACUUCCUUCCAAAGGGGAGCACCAGUUUUUCAUGGGCUGCUUGGAAGGGGUUUGCAGCAAUAGACCAUUGCAAAUAUCCACACAAAGUGUUACUUCCUCGGCAGGGUAAGCAUUCAUUUAAACAUGAUUGUAUGAGAAAAGUGGUUUUGCAAAAAUGGCUGUCCCCUCUCACCCGCUUUCAGUGCAGUGCAUUCUGUCAGAUCUCCUCCCUUUGGUAACCAAGAUGCAGAUAUUUUUGUUUGUCGAUAAUUGCUGCUAUUUUUAAACUCUUCGGCCCCAGCGCAGCUCCUGUUGGCUUCUUUCUCUAACUUCUGUUUCACCAACCUGUGUGUUUCCCUGACAGGGAAGCCGAAUAGGAUCCAGCCAAACUCCCAAAGCCCUGAAGGGUUUUACAAGGCUCAGCAUUAUAAAAAGCAACACUCUUUUACCUGUUAGCCAAAGAGAUUGCACGUAGGCCUACUGCACUUACAGCAAAACGUACCCCUGCCCCGUUGCCAUUUUUGCAAAGCCAUUCUGCAGGGCACAAUCUCCUUUCUCUUCCAGUGGAUUUCUUAUUAAGAAAGUGUUCAUAAGGGAUUUUUUUUAAAGAAAAACAAAUAAAAAAAUAUUCUCGCCUUA